UCAAGAUUGUUCAAACAGCACACGGUUAUGAUGGAUAUGGGACUAGGUGAAGAUGGUGGUACACUGAAGCAAGCCUCUCAUGUCUGGGCUAUGCUUGAUGAAAUGGCCAAUUCUGAUCCUGCGGCAUACCAGAGAUUCAUCAAGAAAACAAUGGAAGAAGGCAAAGAAAACAUGGAUCUACCCAAGCCCUUUGCCUGCAUGAAGACAUCUAUAAUUACCCCAUCAAAGGCUGUGUUGUAUCUCAACUUGUGUAGCUGGAAGAAGAUCCCUAAACCCACUUCUGAUUCUGACCCCAUUGCAGUGGCGACAGGACCUCUUGAAGAGAGCAAAGAUGCUUCUGGUAAAUACAGUGUGGUCAGAUUGGCCUUCAAUCUUUACGUUCUAGAAGAGAGUUUUCAAAAUGCUGUCGAUCGUGACCUUCUGAUCAACCUCGGAAUGGACUAUGUGGAGAAUCAACACAAAGUUAAACUCUCCAGGUCAUACAAAGAGUGCCAAGGCCUCAAGUUUAAAGGAGACACCUCAACUUUGACAUCGGUUAAGCGGUUCUUCGGGAAGCGGGAGAAGACGGAAGAAGAGGUUUUGGCAGAGAACCUUGCAGGACUCAGCCCGGACAAGCUCCUGGGGAAGAUCCAUGAACUUUCAAACCAGGACCUAGGGCAGUCAGAACUGGAGGACAGGCUGAAGGAUCUUGCUGUAGGAUCCACCAAAGAUCCAGGUGGAGACAGGAAAGAUGGACUGAUCCAGGAGAUCUCUAGCACCAAAUUGGAGCUACCAGAGCCGGAGUACAGUCUUGAUCUCCAGGAGGGUGAUGAGAAGGGUCCCAGGAGACUUGAGUUGAGAUUGGAGCUUCAUGGUGUACAAUCCGUGUCUCAGUGUGAACUGGACAUUUCAGAGGAUGAAGUCAACCUGUUUGUCGAGGGGAAGUACGAUCUCCACCUAUGUUUUCCAGAACUGAUCUCCGAGUCUGACGCAAAGGCAAAGUUUUACAAGAAAUCUUCAGUGCUGUUGGUCACAUUACCAACCCAGAACCAGAGAUGACAUCAUAUGAGGAGGCGUUGAUGGGUGAGUUAAGAGCCAAGAUCGCUUGAGGCUGAGGCUGUCAAGUGUGCAUCUAUCGAAGCAAAGAUGGUUGACGCGUCAAGAAGACCGACAAAGAUAACAGGUGUGCUCGUAUGUUUAUCACUGAUUCAUAGAGUAUCAAAUGUCAUGCGUUCCUUUAAAGGGCUUUCACACAUGCGACCCGUAACACAAAGCUUAGUAAUCAUCAUAGAACUUUUUGUUAUUGAUCGCAUAGACGAUAAUUUUCAAUCAUAAAAAAAAUCAAGUGUACAUUAAAACACAAUCCUUUGUGUUACGGCACGGCAUCCUGCACGUUCUAGCAAGCCACUCUAUUAUGUAAUCUUAAUUUCUUAGGUGGCAGUACUUUGUAUCAAUUUUUAAUUCACGGGAAUACAUGUAGGAUUACGUUUACAUGUUAAAAUGACUUGGCAUAGGUACAUCUACAUCAUUUAUACACUGGCUAAAAUGUCAAGGUAUGACAAAACCUAUUAAACGCCUCAUUGCAAAAAGUAAUGUUGGUUUCUUUGCCAUUCGAUGUUAACUACCAUGGUAAUAAUUAUCAACAGCUAAUCAAAAGCAAGGGUUCCAUGGAUGUUGAAAUUUCUUUGAUGGUAAAUUUCAUUUGAUGUGGCCAAGAUGACAUAAGAAGAUAGCUUUUGUAUUUACAUGUACAUGUACUACGGGGAAACUCUUCAACGCAUCGAUUCCUUUGAAAAUGCGAUUAAGAUCACUAUGGAGAGCUGAGAGGCAUUUCUCGCUGUGACAGCAGAUCAUCCAAAGAUUUGCACCGGACAAACAAUUGUAAAUAUUUUUUUGUCCAGAGUCAAGAGAUUCCGAUGCUGUCCCGAUCCACCAACUUUCGUCAAGCCUCUCAGUGCUCCAUUGUGAUUUGACUUGCAUUUUUUAAGGAAUUGGUGCAUUGUAGAGAGUUUCUCCGUAGUAAAUGCAAAAAGUCUGGACUAUUAGAGAAGGGGGAAACCCAGUUCUAAUGGAGAAUCAACAGACCCCUGACAAGUUAACCAGUGGUCCAUCUUGCAAAGAAUUUGUUAUUGAUUUAAUCAUCAGCCUGUGAAUUAUGGAAGGCCAUUCAUGCCAUAAUUAUUUAUCCUAGAGUUCAUAUUUUCACUCUUUGAGUGAUCAGAAUAAUGCAUUGCAUGCCAUGAAUGCGCCUCAUAUGUUUAAAGAACACUUUAUUGAACAUGGAUUGCUGGCUUGCCAUAGUUGCAAAAGAUGGAGGUAUACUCGAGGGGUGUAAUUCAAUAAUGACUACAGGAAAGAUUGAAUUGAUAAAUGCUUCGCUGCUAAGAAACGGUUACAGUGAUAAGCUGGAUCAAUGAGGAAAAUUUGACAUAUUUUUUUAAACGUCAAUUUCAUUUUUUAACCACCCUAUCCUAUUAUUUGUAAUUGUUUCUGUUAUGUAAUGAAAGCCUGCUGGGAUUCUGACAUACAAACUAUCAGUCAUUUAACUUGCUCUCAUUUGAGAAGAUGUUUGGUAGCUACUAGCCUAUAAUCUAGGCGGAGGCUGCAGUUAUUGUCUUUGCUGUUAUGCUGAAUGUAUCUCUUGCGUUCAGCAUAACAGCAAAGACAAUAACUGCAGCCUACGCCUAGAUUAUAGGCUAGGUAGCUACAUGUAUUGUGCAGUAAAUAUUCAGUUCCAUGUCUUGAUCUAAUAAUAGCCUCGAUCAGAAUUGGGAUCCUCGGAAUAAAAUUCUAUUAUGAAUCGAUUAAAAUUCCAGUGAUAUCUUAUCGCGACCCAAAUGUUGGCGUCGAAGGAAAGGUCGGAGUAGUGGCCGUUUGGUCAGGGUUACUCCGACCUUCCUCCAACCAAGAUACUCCUUGAAACCUUGGCCACUUCCUCUUUCUUCUAACCGUCCAUAUCCACCUCUAUUUGCUUCUUUAUCUCCUCCAUCAUCUUCCUCUACACCUCGAGUCUUUGUAUCCAGAUGUUAUCUGCCGGAAGUGAAAAGAACUGUAAGGGUUAGAUAUCAGUGCAAUAUAUUUAGGUCACAGUUCACGUAGUAAAAACAGCUGAUAUAUGGGGAAAUCUAAAUCUUUAUUUUGAAGAUUAGAUUUUCUUUUCACAAGAAGGGGGUUCCUUCACACUACCCCUGCCAAAUAAGUCACUGUCCCAGUGACUAUAAUAUUAAAAAAAAUUAAUACUACAUUAAUGUUAAUACAUAGAUAUAUCAUAAAAUACAUAAAGAUAAAAAUAAAAUAAAAAUUCUUAAAAAACAGAUCAAAUUAUGUGGACAUCUUGGUGGGUCGUUCUUCUGGAUAAUGAGAGUCUAUUAAUCUUCGUUUCAGUGAGUAGCCGUCUUUCGUUUUAACAUAAUAUGAUGUAGCGAUGGUGACCUUUGUCACAACUUGGAUCUGUUCAUCUGGACAUGCUGGUAAAUUAAGAGUUAGACAUUUAUUUCUAUUGAUAAUUUUGACAUUUCUUCUCCCUUUCUCUUCUAUCUUCCGAGCUGCACUUUCCUCUUCCAUCUUCUUUAUUUCCUCCUUCAGUCUCUUCUCCCUCUCAUCUAGCUUCUUCUUCUGUUUUUCUGCUUCCAGUUUUCUCCUCUCCUCCAACUUCUUCCGCUCCUCCUCUAAUCGUCUCUCCUCCUUCUAUUUUCUUCUCUUCUAACAGCUUCUUUCCCUCUUCAUCUAAACGUUUCUCCUCUUCUCUCUUCCUCUUCUCUUAAGUUCUAACAGCUUCUUUCCCUCUUCAUCUAAGCAUUUCUCCUCUUUCUGCUCUCCUCUAGUUUUUUUUCUCCUCCAGUAUUUCCUCAUCUAGCUCUGUCUCCAUCCUGUCUCUCUUAUCCCUUUUCCAUACUCUGUCUUCCUGGCUGUCCUCCCUCUUCCUCCUUUCUUCUUCCACCGCUUCCAACCGCCUCCAUUCCUCUUCUUUUCUUCCUCUUCUCUCCUCUGUCUUUGCUCCUUCCGUCUCUGUUUCUCCUUCUCCCUUUCCUCAUCAACUUCUCUCCUACUCUUUUCCAUAUCCUUUGGCCUGGAACGAUAAGUUCUUAGGGUGUCAACUUCUUUGAGAUGUUCCCUAUGAUUUUCCUCAUAGUGCCUUCUCCGUCUGAAGAAAAGACUCCGUCGUCAACGCAGCUGUAAUCGCCUCUUCAAGCGUCCAUGGAUGAGCUCGAAAAAUGGCGGCCCUGAUUUCGCCAUCGUCAAUUGCUUCAGAAAAGUGUCCACGAGCGAGCUUCUCUCUUGCAUCAUUGUUCAGCUCCGGGUACGCCAGGCAAGUCAAAUCUCUAAUUGCCUGACCUAGUUCCUGUAGACUCUCCUUCGGCUGUCGACGCCUAGUCCUCAACUCGAGGAGAAAAUUUUCUGCAUUUUCUCUUGGGCCAAAUCGUUUCUCCAAAUGGGAAGUGAGAUUUGAGUAGGUGAGUUCUUGUCCAUAUGGAAUAUUAUUCAAGACCUUCAGUGCAGCUCCCUGCAGUCUCGUGGCGAGAUAUUGCCCAGCCUUGACAUCAUCCCAAUGAUUCAGUCUUCUGCAGACGUCAAAGUGUCGGCGAUAAUCCGUCCAUGGUACCUUUCCAGCGAACUUAUCCAGCAAAACGUCCCUGGCUUCAGAUCCUCUCUGUUUCUUCGGGUCAGUGGUUUGUUGACUCUCAACAUAGGAAGCAUUAUUUUGGAAUUGAGUUGGCGUAUAAACCUGACACCUCUCCGCAGGAACAGCGUCCCCAUAAUUCGCCAUGUCUACCACUAUCUCCGGAUCCUGCACAAUAUAAAAAAAUUGAAUUUGGGAAAAUGUAAAUCUUUUUGAAGAUUAGAUUUUCUUUUCACAAGAAGGAGAUUCCUUCACACUACCCCCUGCCAAAUAUGUCACUGUCCCAGUUACUAUAAUAAAAAAAAUAUAUAUACAUCAAUGUUAAUACAUAGAUAUACAUAAAUAUCAUAAAAUACAUAAAGAUUUUAAAAAAAACUUUUUUUUAACAACAGAUCAAAUUAUGUGGACAUCUUGGUGGGUCGUUCUUCUGGAUGAGAGUCUAUUAAUCUUUGUUUCAGUGAGUAGCCGUCUUUCGUUUUAACAUAAUAGGAUGUAGUGAUGGUGACCUUUGUCACAACUUGGAUCUGUUCAUCUGGACAUGCUGGUAAAUUAAGAGUUAAACAUUUAUUUCUAUUGACAAUUUUGACAUUUCUUCUCUCUUUCUCCUCUUCUAUCUUCCUAGCUGCACUUUCCUCUUCCAUCUUCUUUAUUUCCUCCUUCAGUCCCUCUUCAUCUAAGCGUUUCUCCUCUUCUCUCUUCCUACUCUCCUCUAGUUUUCUUUGCUUCCUGGCUGUCCUCCCUCUUCCUCCUUUCUUCUUCCACCGCUUCCAACCGCGCCCGUUCCUCUUCUAUCUUUUCUUCCUCUUUUCUCUUCUGUCUUUGCUCCUUCCGUCCCUGUUUCUCCUUCUCCCUUUCCUCAUCAACUUCUCUCCUACUCUUUUCCAUAUCCUUGGGCCUGGAACGAUAAGUUCUUAGGGUGUCAACUUCUUUGAGAUGUUCCCUAUGAUUUUCCUCAUAGUGCCUUCUCGGUCUGAAGAAAAGACUCUGUCGUCAACGCAGCUGUAAUCGCCUCUUCAAGCGUCCAUGGAUGAGCUCGAAAAAUGGCGGCCCUGAUUUCGCCAUCGUCAAUUGCUUCAGAAAAGUGUCCACGAGCGAGCCUCUCUCUUGCAUCAUUGUUCAGCCCCGGGUACGCCAGGCAAGUCAAAUCCCUAAUUGCCUUACCUAGUUCCUGUAGACUCUCCUUCGGCUGUUGACGCCUACAUGUAGUCCUCAACUCGAGGAGAAAAUUUCCGCAUUUUCUCUUGGGCCAAAUCGUUUCUCCAAAUGGGAAGUGAGAUUUGAGUAGGUGAGUUCUUGUCCAUAUGGAAUAUUAUUCAAGACCUUCAGUGCAGCUCCCUGCAGUCUCGUGGCGAGAUAUUGCCCAGCCUUGACAUCAUCCCAAUGAUUCAGUCUUCUGCAGACGUCAAAGUGUCGGCGAUAAUCCGUCCAUGGUACCUUUCCAGCGAACUUAUCCAGCAAAACGUCCCUGGCUUCAGAUCCUCUCUGUUUCUUCGGGUCAGUGGUUUGUUGACUCUCAACAUCGGAAGCAUUAUUUUGGAAUUGAGUUGGCGUAUAAACCUGACACCUCUCCGCAGGAACAGCGUCCCCAUAAUUCGCCAUGUCUACCACUAUCUCCGGAUCCUGCACAAUAUAAAAAAAUGGAAUUUGGGAAAAUCUAAAUCUUUUUGAAGAUUAGAUUUUCUUUUCACAAGAAGGGGGUUCCUUCACACUACCCCCUGCCAAAUAAGUCACUGUCCCAGUUACUAUAAUAAAAAAAAUAUAUAUAUAUACAUCAAUGUUAAUACAUAUCCUUGGGCCUGGAACGAUAAGUUCUUAGGGUGUCAACUUCUUUGAGAUGUUCCCUAUGAUUUUCCUCAUAGUGCCUUCUCCGUCUGAAGAAAAGACUCUGUCGUCAACGCAGCUGUAAUCGCCUCUUCAAGCGUCCAUGGAUGAGCUCGAAAAAUGGCAGCCCUGAUUUCGCCAUCGUCAAUUGCUUCAGAAAAGUGUCCACGAGCAAGCCUCUCUCUAGCAUCGUUGCUCAGCUCCAGGUACGCCAGGCAAGUCAAAUCCCUAAUUGCCUUACCUAGUUCCUGUAGACUUUCCUUCGGCUGUUGACGCCUACAUGUAGUCCUCAACUCGAGGAGAAAAUUUCCGCAUUUUCUCUUGGGCCAAAUCGUUUCUCCAAAUGGGAAAUGAGAUUUGAGUAGGUGAGUUCUUGUCCAUAUGGAAUAUUAUUCAAGACCUUCAGUGCAGCUCCCUGCAGUCUCGUGGCGAGAUAUUGCCCAGCCUUGACAUCAUCUCAAUGAUUCAGUCUUCUGCAGACGUCAAAGUGUCGGCGAUAAUCCGUCCAUGGUACCUUUCCAGCUUGGGCUUGGACAUUGUUGACUAGAGGUUUUUUAUUGGCCACCAAUUUGUCCAACAUUUUAUGACCAAGGAUGGAUGGCAAAUCAGUCUCCCCAAUUAUCUUUAAAAAAUGCACAAGAUGUAUCUCACCUUGCCUAAGUUAAGUCAAAUCCAUCUGGACUACAUAAAUCUGUUUUCAAACUAUAUGGUUUAAUAUAACUUGACGACUUAAUUUUUUCUUAAUUUUUUCUUAAUUAUUUCAAGAAGUGGGUUAAAUAGAAUGUAAUGCAUAGAUGUCAUAAGUGCAUGUUACUGGUAACCUUUUUUACUUGAGCAAAGUCUAAUGAUCUUUUUGCGGGGCAAACUGCUGUAACACCUUCUUCAUCUGAAGUUUGCUCAACACUAGUGUCAAGGAGGCGCCGCUUCCUAAACACCACUCGUGUCCCUUCUCUGAUACACUUUUCCAAAGCCUCCAUAGAAUCUGCAAAUAAAUUCAGGUGUGUAAUUAGUGCCUAGUCCGUACACGUACGGUUGAAUACAAUGUACAUUUGAUCCUGACAAUUUCCAUCUGGAUCUAUUUUGAUUGUCAGAUCUGGUGAAGUGGGUGAACUGAUUGAAAAAAAGUAAACCCAUGCAAACCAUAUAUAUUUAGAAAGAUGAGACAUUGGAGAAUCUUUAUCUGUUGAGAUUUUCAAUUAUCUCUUUAAAUAUGCAAAUUAUAUGCACAUUUCUCAAGGACAUUUAAAUUAUAUGCAAAUAUUGAAGUGCAUGGUCUUUACACUACUAUAAAUGUACUUACAAUAUCACAGUAUAAACUGAUCUUGAUAGCAUAUGGUAUGUUUAAUAAUCCUAUGAGACAAUUGGUAUGAUUUUCAUCAUUUACAUAUAAUUUUAAUAUUGAAAAAAAAAAACAAGAAAUUAACUUGAUUUUUGUUACUAACUUUGCUUGUGGGGUACAGUAUAUAUACAGAAAAAUCGUCAUAGGAUUGUUUGUUAUGUAGAAACAAAUAUUCCUGCCAAUGUUGAAGUAAAUCUGAUAAUUAUUUUUCAAGUUAUUUGUAUUUUUGUCAAAAAUUUAUAUUUGAGAUAAUUAGCAUUUUUUAUAAGAAAACAAAGAAAUGUUAAAAUCAUGAUUUUUACUCUUUUUGGGACUUCCAAUUGCUCCUGGAGUCUUAAUUUGAUAAGUAAUACCAUUGUACACAUAAUGAGAUAAUAUAUAACAGUCUGAAGUACAUUUGAACACUAUUUUCUUAAUUUCGCCCCUAAAUUACAUUGUAUAUGAAUGAAACCUGUCGGUCAUUGAAUUCUCCGGGUCCAUAUCCUGCUCCUUUCGAUUGUCUUUGCGCUUGCUCUUCUGGAACUCUCCCUUCCUUGAGAAACUUUCUCCUUUUCUUUUGCAUUUCUAAUGCCUUGUAUGUAGCUUUCUGACAUCUUUUCCUGUCCUCUGUUGAUCCUUCAGCUGUAUAUUUGCCCACACCCAAGCGCAGUCUUUCCAUGAUUUGAAGUCCACCAGUCUGUCCUGAAUUCCAGUUCACAGCAGCAGAUGACACACCCUGUUUCACUGCUCGAGCACCACGGUAUUGUUCUUUGGGGCAUCGUUUCCUGACAGUUCUGUUGAAACUUUCUUUUUGGUUUUGAGUCAGGCCUGGAAUGCAUCUUUCAGGCAAUUUUGAAGUACUCAGUCUCUCAUACCGAGGUUUCAUUUCAUUGAAGUACGCAUAUGGCAACUUUCUCCCUGUUUUGUAUUUUUUUGUCCCAUCGCGAGCAUCCUGCAGCCAUUUGCACCAAUCUAUAUUGCAGUGUUGGUGUUGUUCAGCUUCCUUGCCACUUGGGUGCUCUAUGCAAUAAACAGACAUUUUAAGCAAACAAAAGCCUAAAGUUUCUAAACAUGAGCUAAGCCUAAGACAAGAGUCAAGACCUAAGUUAAAAAGGUUCGUGGCGCCGUGCAUGGCCGGUCCGCUACUCUGAACAGCAUGGUAAUUUGUUUUUUCUAACCAUCACAACCUUAGAUUAUACAGGGUAAAAUACAUUUAUUUUCAAGUAAAAACCAAACUCCACAUUUUCAACAUGAGUAACCACACUUACCUUGUCCUUGCUGGCGGAACCGCAUCCAUAUUCCGGUAUUGCUAACACAACAAGUUGCGAACUGCAUGUACUGAAGACGUGAAACCCUGGCGUGAAACUGAUCCCGAAAAUUGCAUGCACAGUGUAGUAUUAGGACGGUGAUCGGGUCGUAGUGUCCAAUAAACAGCGAACUGACAGCCCCAGCUCUUGAAAUUAAAUCCAAUGAAAAAUCGCUAUUACAGUAUCAGGAUGGUGAUCGGGGUCGUAGUGUCCAAUAAGCAGCGAACUGGGAGGCCCAGCUCAAGCUGCAAUUCAAAUCAAAUAAAAAGAAUCGCCGUCACAGUAGGCCUUAACCCGGAUAAACCACAGGCUUGUACUAUAUAGUUGACGAAUAGUCCGAGGAGAAGAAAUUGCGAUAUGAUCUACAUUGAUUCCACAAAUUAUGGUUGUGUAGCUUCCUUUAGAAAACACCACUCUUUAUAGGCCAAGAUCAGAUCGACCACCGGCUCCGAUCCCGGAUCUCGCCUAAUGAUUGCGCACCCCAAUCACGCCCCCCACGGCUAGAUCACAGGGCCGGGCCGCGACCCACUCAUUAUUAGUUACGUAACUGACUGUGACAUAACUCUUAAUGCAAUUCCCAAUUAAGGGCAGGGCGAAAACAUUCAAUCUGCAUUCAGGCUUGGCAUCCACAUCGAAGAAAGUAUUCAAGGGAAAUUAUGAGUUACCGUGAAGAGACUGCCUAUAUAAUAAUUACAGUUGAAGAUACUAAUAUUUCAAAUUCAUUAGUAUUAUAACUGCGUUUCAAUUUGCAUUGCAGAAAAUAACAGAACAUCUAACUUGAUCAAUUUGUCACUGCACACUGUGAUAUAUGUUAAUUACUUUAAUACUAAAUUAGCACAUUUCAAUAUAAAAGUAAAACAUUUAAAUAAAAAACCACAAUGAAUUGAGUAUUCCUCUUCCAUUAUUAAUCCAACAAUUGACAGAAACUUCAUUUGUAUUUUCCUCAUGUUUUCUCUGCUCCAUCUGAUUGGAAUUUGAUGCGUAUCUGUGUGCAUCCCAGGUGCGGAACACACACGUCUGCAUUGUCGAGGUUUGAUAGCCAACUCUGCUGCUUAUGGCGCGCCAUUUGACCAAUAAUUCAGAUAAACACUGUUUAUCGCCGAUAAACAGUGUUUAUCGCCGAAAAACACUGUUUAUCGAGCGAUAAACACUGUUUAUCAAGCGAUAAACACUGUUUAUCAAGAGAAACUAUGUUUAUCGACUGAAAAACACAGUUUCUCUCGAUAAACAGUGUUUAUCGCCGAAAAACACUGUUUAUCGCCGAUAAACACUGUUUAUCGAGAGAAACUGUGUUUAUCAGUCGAAAAACAUAGUUUCUCUCGAUAAACAGUGUUUAUCGCUUGAUAAACACUGUUUAUCGCCGAUAAACACUGUUUAUCGAGAGAAACUGUGUUUUUCAGUCGAUAAACAUAGUUUGUCUCGAUAAACAGUUUUUCUCGGCGAUAAACACUGUUUAUCAAGAGAAACUGUGUUUUUCAGUUGAUAAACAGUGUUUUUCGCCGAUAAACAAUGUUUAUCUGAUUUAUUGAGGGAUGGCAGAGUGAGACGCCAAGUGCCUACUAUGUCCCUUUGAGUUUCUGCUACAUCGAUAUCAAAUCUGUUCAUUAUGUCAGCAGCAAAAUUGUCUAAAUUGAAAUUCUCCACAUUUUCCACUGCAACUGAUGGCCGAGGACCAACACCUGCUUGGAGUGCACAUCGUUGUUUGAUGAUGUUAGUAACCCAGAGCUGUUCGGGGGUUUGGAACCUUUCUGUUCUGAUGCCAUGGUUGUUGUGUGCUUUUACCCAAUUUGUAAGGGCAUAUUGAAUCCGAGGAAGAUAUGUGUAGUGUAAAGCGAACAGGUGUAUGGCAUUAUUAAUAUCAAGCGCUCCUGAGUCUUCUAUGUGGUAAAAUAGCUUGUAAAACUUCUCCAGAACUUUGCUGAAGACGUCUCUCCAUAACCUUUCAAUUCUUUGAUUAUGCAAAGAUUUGCCUCUUAUUGUGCUGCCCCGAUUUGGCCCCAUCUUCCACUCCAUGAACCGCUGACAGGCAUUAUACUCUGCACCUUUGUCAGUUCUGAUUCGACUAGGAAGACCACGUUUCCUUAUCCCCUUCAGAAAGCAAAGUAGUGCUAACUUGCCUGUAUUUCCCAAGAUGACGCAUAGGAAGGGGAUGCACCUUGAAUAUCCAUCAAUUCCUCCAUGGACAUAAAAACCCCAUCUGUAAAAGAAAAUGGAAGAAGAGAACAAAUUACAAACAACUACGAAAAAGCCUGUUAUCAAAUCAAAACGAGCCGUUAAAACACAAGAGGGGGCUAAAAAUGCAUUGCUAUAGUUUCAACCAUUUCUUCACACAAAAUUGUGCAUGUAUUGUUUUGUUAAAUUAUUAUUAAAUAGAGAGAUCAUCAACAACUGUUUUCUGCUUCUUUAGUCAACUCAAGGGUAAAUUAUCAAAAUAUGCAAAAACAAAUGGCGAAUCGCAUGGGUUGUUACAAACUCAAGGUGAGAGCUGGUGGCUUAUUCACAAGAAAGCCUUUGUAUUUCUUCUUUGAAUAAAAGAUUAAGUAACUCAGAAGUCUGAAGUUAACUUACAUCAUCUGAAUCUUCUAGUGGGUCAAAUGCCCCCAUCGGUAGAGGUUCCACCAUUCUAAGAUACAAAGAAAAAUUGAAACAAAGUUAGGAAAAUGUACGUAUGGUAGACCUAUUAGUAUUACCUGUAUAGGCGUAAGCCACAACAAUUAAAAAACUGUAGGCCUACUCUAGGGAAAAAACUAAAUUAUCAAAGCCUAUGUUUUCUACUCAGUCUCAUAUACUUUAUCACAUAGGGUCUAGAUCUAUCACUAUAUACGUACCUAGGCCUAGGCAACACUAGUUUGAAAUUAUGUACAUGUACCAGCGGCGGAUCCAGGGGGGGGGGGGCCGGGCCCCCUCCCCUAGAAAAAAAAACGGGUAAAAACACCCUUUUUUUGAAAAAAAGAGAAGUUGGGCCCCCUCCCCUGGCGCCCAAGGGGGGGGGGGGGUUGGCGGUGGAAUAAAAAUAAUAACCCUUCCCGUAGGGAAAAAUUUUUUUCGGGUGCCAAAAAAAAAAAUUUGUGCUCACUACCCCUGGCGCUCAA